CUGCUGCUGAGCAAAUCCGUGGCCGCCUACCUGACGAGAUCCCUGGCCGUCCUGACUUCCGUUAUGGAUAGUUUUGUCGACCUGAUAUCCGGAGCACUGCUCUGGUGGAGUGGGAGGGCCAUAAGGAGGGGGGAUCCGUAUAAAUAUCCCGGAGGUAGAUCGAGACUAGAGCCAUUCUCAAUAGUUAUACUCUCCGUCAUAAUGUCUAUUUGUUCUCUGGCGAUGGUUCGCGAGUCUAUAGAGACAAUCGUUGACCGAUAUUACGAGUCCACAAUUGAAACACAAAAUCUCACAGUUAUAAAGUUAAUUUUGUUCGCCGUGUGUCGCGCCAGUCCCUCACCAGUGGCAAGGACAUUAGCACAAGAUCACAGAAACGAUGUAGUUUCGAACAGUGGAGCUUUGGGUUUCGGGUUGCUAGCUGCAUACGUGUGGAAGUAUUUCGAUGCAACUGGAGCGCUAGUCAUAUGCGCGUACAUAUUCGGCACCUGGUUCGUUACUGGCUACGAACAAAUGCUCUUGCUAACGGGGUACACCGCCAACCCGGACUUGAUAAAAAAAUUUCUAUUCGUCGCGGUUAACCACGACAAAAGCAUUCAGGGUAUCAAGACCAUCAGGGCCUUCCAUUUCGGGAAUGAAUUUUUAGUGGAAGUGGAGAUAAUACUACCCGACAAAAUGACCAUUGACGAGGCACACGUGAUCUCGGUGACCCUGCAAAAGAAAUUGGAAAAUUUGGAUGAAGUUGAAAGGGCAUUCGUUCAAAUUGACUAUGAAUCUAAUUCUAAUCAGUAG